UUCACAUUUAUUUGAACAACCCACAUUUAUGUGAAUAAUCGCAUCUAUUUGAAAAACCUGCAUCUACUUUGAACAAUCUGCAUUUACGUGAAUAACCUGCAUCUAAUCAAAUAAUCUGAAUUCAUUUGGAUAACCCGCCUCUAUUGGAAUUAUCGACAUUUAUUUGAAUAACCGCAUCUAUUUGGAUAAUCUGUAUCUAGUGGCAUAACCCGCCCCUAUUGGAAAAACUGCCUCUGUUUGAAUAACUGCCCCAUUUGAAUAAUCCGCGUCUAUCUGAAAAACCAGCAGAUAUUAGAAUAGUCUGCAUUUAUUUGAAUAAUCCACAUUUAUUUGAAUAUUCUGCAUCUAUUCAGAUUAUCUCCCUCCACCUGCAUGCUCCGGGCCCAUCCCGCUCACCCACGGACAUCCUCCUCCUUCCUUGCUUUGUUUCCCUCUUCUUCGGCUUCAUCAGAAGUCAUCCCCGGGCACGCGGGGGGCGCGGGGGGAUUCCCGGGGGCCGCCCGGGUCCGUGGGUGGGAAGCGAAGCAGGAGGAGAGAGGGGAGGAAAUCAGAGUCGGGUGUUCCCUGAGGACGGGGGUGUCACUUGACCCCACCGGGAGGCCUGGCCCCACUGUCACCCCGCAACCGCCCCAUCACCCACGGCCGACCUCACCCUCCAGCCACCAACCCCCCCAUGGGCGCCAAUCCAGAGCGACCCCCAGGGGCACCGUGAGCCCGGGUGCGGGUCUCGCUCUCGCGCAGAGCCCAGCCUGGACGGUGAACGGCGCGGUCCAGCCCACGGCCACGGCACCGGGGAUGCCAAAGGGGGGCACGGGAGCCGGUGGGGCGGUGCUAAGCCAAUCGCCCCCUCCCUAUUGGCCGCCCAGAGCCCCCCUCGGGGCCCGAUAGGCCAGGAGGAGCGGGAGCCGGGGCUCUUAGGCGGGUGCGUGGCGGGGAGACGUCUCCACGGGCCAUGGCGGGCGCCGAGGACCCCGCGGCGGCGUCACCCUUCAGCAUCUCCAGCCUCCUGCGGGAGCCGGAGCCGAGCGCCGGGAAGCCGCCGUUCAGCUACAACGCGCUGAUCGUCAUGGCCAUCCGCAGCAGCCCCGAGCGGCGCCUGCCCCUCAGCGGCAUCUACGAGUUCAUCACGCGCCACUUCCCCUACUACCGGGCCGCGCGCCGCGGCUGGCAGAACUCGGUGCGCCACAACCUCAGCCUCAGCAAGUGCUUCGUCAAGGUGCCGCGGCCCGGCGGGCAGCCGGGCAAGGGCGGCUACUGGGGAGCCUUUCUGCAGGAGUCUCCAGCUGGAAGGAAGGAGCCGCAGAGACGCAGCCGGCUCCCCGAGCGCCAUCGCCGCCGGGACGAGGCUUCGCGGGACCUGGACGUCUUCGGCCCAGGGCAGAUCCGUGGCCUCUCCGGAUGA